GUUCCCGUUAUUGCUCACGUCAGGCGAAGUGCAUACAUCGAUAUUUCCUUCAGGCUUCAGAAACUCAGACGAAGUAUAUCGAUAUUUCCUUCUGAAACUGUAGCCUACCCUAGUGUAGGUAGGCCUACUGCUGGACUGUGGAAACUCAAAAUUCUGGUUAACAGAUUUCUGAGUUCUUUUUUUCUUUGACCUUUUCGGAACUACACGCUGAGCAAGGCAGUUGGAGAUGGCCCUGGAUGAAAAGUACUUUAGAGAAUUAGCAGACUUGCUGGGACCGGAAUGGCAGAGAUUAGGUACAGAGCUGGACUUUGACAAUAAUAAGAUGUACAGGUUUGAAGUGGAUCAUCAUGGCGUGUCCAACCAGAUCUUUGCAAUGCUGGUAGCUUGGAGGCAGAAAGAAGGAGUUUCGGAAUUAGGUGCAAGAGAGAAGUUGCUGACUGCACUGAGGAGGGUAGACAGGAAUGAUUUGGCUGACAAGUUACAAGCGAGAACGGCUGUUGCAGUUCCCCAAGGAGCCCCAGUAGACACGGCAGAUGCAGCCUGCGGUGGGGUUCAGAUCACAGCCAAUAUCAUCAAUCCACAAGAAACAUCAGCUCAGCCACAGUCACAGACGUCUUUUAAUUAUAACCAGCCGCAACAAGCUCAUCCUACCACCUACACCUACCAUGCACCGCCUGGCACAGUUCCUUACGUCGGCCGGCUCACCAUUACCGGCAGAAACAGCCCCGUCAUCAUUGGAUCCGUCUCACAUAGCACCUUCAAUUUUGGGGGUGGCGGAGGUAGCAGUGGUGAUCAUAGAAAUUAACAGAAAACGGAAUCCGUUUCCUGUAAACACCUUUGCCGUUUCCUGUAAACACCUUUGCUCUUAUACAGUACCAAUCACUGAUUUUGUACUUAUUCCGACCAAAAUCUUGUCAAGUUCGUCAAUCGGUAACAAGUUUGCUGUUAGCUCAAAAUGCUUUCACCCUAACAGAACUCAACCCAUCAAAUCCCAACGGCAUUGUUGGAAUCUGUCAGGAUGAGUACAGUACCCCUAAACUGACAGUCUUUAACAUUGGGUUGGCACACUUCCAGAAUCAAAGUCAGAUGUAUAUGUGUGUGUGUGCAGUUUUCCGUAUGGUGUUGGGAUUUGCCAGGAUGGCUAGGAUUCUUCCUGGGAAUAUUUGUGUAACAUUUUCUUGGAUUCGGGGAAUAGAUUUAUGUAUAAGUAUGCCUGUUUCAUCACCGAAAACUUGACAUCUGCUUUUGAAAAUUCUUAAGCGCAACAUGUACAACCAUGUUCUAUGGUUUUGAAAGUUUCAUCUACUUCUUAAAAAAAAAGUUUUGUUUUUUUUAAAUCGUGACUUCAGAGGGUACAUUUCCUCUUCACUUAAAGACAUACUUGAAUAGUUCCAUAGAUGAAAUAGAGUUUGGUUUUACAUGUAUAUUUGUCAUUUUUUUUUAAUGAAACCUGUGCUGAGACUACCAUGUACCAUAAUUAUUCAAAAUAAUUUUGUGGGGAAAAUGCAGCCCAUAUAUUUUGUAAACUGUAAUUCACUGAAAAAUAAUUAUAUCAGUAAGAUAAUGCAAAUAAACAAAUAAACACCCUAAGGCCAAAAAAAAUAAGUCUCCGGUUUCUGGUAUGGUGCUU